CCCGGGAGCGAGAACAGGUCAUGUGACACGAAGGCGGAAGCCGUCCUAUAAAAAACAAAACAAGAAAACACUGGCAUAAAAUACAAAACUGUGCUUAAGAUUCUUCCUUUUAUGUGUUUUUAUUGCAUUUCAGCGCAUAGGUAAUAAUGUCUUCGAGCCAUGCAAAGGAGUCUAGUUUUUUGGGAGGCAGGAUACCGUCAGAAAUUGAGUCGAUGUCGAGAAACCUGAAAGAUGUGGAUCAAGAGUUGUUUCGAAAAUUACUGAAAGCUAUGGUCAGUGCUCUGGAGGGGAAGGACUGCAGAGAGGUGAUGAAGUCCAUAGCAGAGAGCAGUGUCGUCCCGCAGGAGAGGCUCAGCCACAUCAUCGCAGGGAUGCACAGAGUGCUGUCUGAGGCCAUCCGCAUCCCCACAAUGUUACUUAAACAGGAGGCCUUUAGGGAAGAUCUAAGAGAGCUGAGGAUACCUGAAGACUUCAUCACAGAUUUCUCCAGCGUGGUUUUUGGAAAUCGUCGUGCGGUUCUGGAGGCAGCUUCCUUGCAGAACAAUCCUCACCUUCCCUCAUUAGAAGAUUUUAAAUGGAGAGUGGAUGUUUCUAUUUCUACCAGCUCUUUAGCCAGAGCCCUGCAGCCCUCGGUUCUUAUGCAGAUGAAAUUAUCAGAUGGGAGGUUUCACCGCUUUGAGGUUCCCGUUUCCAAAUUCCAGGAGCUCCGUUACAACGUGGCUAUGAUCCUCAAAGAGAUGAACGAUUUGGAGAAGAAGAGCAUUCUCAAGAUCCAAGACUGAUAAGCCUUCCAGGCGUUCAGCCACUUUUGAGACCUCCUGUAAUUUUGUGAAUUUUUACAAUAACACCCGUGAUGUUGUACAAUUUAACACGUAAUAAUGUGCCUGUCGUGACCAUAAGUGCUGAUGGCGUUGGCCUCCAUCCUACUUGUCAAAUGCCAAGAAGAAGAUAGGUGCUUGUACUACAGCUGCAAAGCCUCCAGUGUGCUAAAAUACAAAUGCCCUCAACUGAACACUCAGUCGCUCCUUAACUGGUACCAUGUGACACACUGUUGCACAAGGUGGAGCGUUUUGUUGGUCAUGAUGAAGAAUGAAUAUGAUGCUCUUUUUCUCUCAUGUUGUACAUUAAAUGAUGAUAUUAAUAAAAUAUUUACUUGUCA